UUUUGGCGCUACGACUGCGGUCACACUGGUCGUGUGUCGCACAAAUAAUAAAAGAAAAGAAGGCAGCGAAAGCAACAAUAAUAAAAAUAAACAGCCGUCCCGAUAGCUGAGCACAAAAAUAAGGUGUACGUAAUAUAGACAAGCAGGCAAACAAGGCGGCUGUGCGGGGCGGAGAUCCUUCAUACGGGACCGGAGCUGAGUGUGACAAUGGGCGCCUGUGUGUGUCGCAUGAACCCCGACAACGAGACGAUGAGCGUCUCCUCGGCGAGCAUCUCGCGUCCGGCCAGUGCAGGCAUUGCCAUGGGCGCGGCGCGCAAGAACCGACCGCUCUGCCACGAGACCAUCCGGUGGCGGUCCGACGUUCCUCUUACAGAGGGCCAGCUGAGGUCCAAGCGGGACGAGUUCUGGGACACUGCCCCGGCCUUCGACGGCCGCAAGGAGAUCUGGGAUGCGCUGCGGGCGGCCACAAAUGCGGCGGAGGGCCUCGACUUUCAGAUGGCCCAGGCCAUUCUGGACGGGGCCAAUGUCUCAGUCCCGAAUGGCUACCUUACAGAAUGCUACGAUGAGCUGGGCACCCAGUAUAAGGUGCCCAUCUACUGUCUCUCAUAUCCCAUAAAUAUCGUUAAGGAGGAGAACGGACGCGACUCGCCUGCCGAAUACUCUGAGCCAGUGGAUGGAGGCACCGAGAUCUUUCUGAAACUGCGCAUAUCAUCGACCAUGACUGACGUUAAACUGCCGGUGUACUCCAAGGACACUGUGGGGCAAUGCAAGAAGAAGCUUCAGGCUGCAGAGGCUGUCGAUGCUUGCUGUCAGCGAUGGUUUUAUAGCGGAAAACUGCUGGGCGACAAGGUGCCCAUCGACGAGUGCAGCAUACACCAGGGGUACGUGGUGCAGGUCAUUGUGAACACGGAGCACUACAACCACGACAACAGCACGAGUACGGCGCACGCCAGCUAGCGGCGCAGUCAGCCCCCACUAGUCAAAAGUAAUAGAAACAACAAGGAGCCACGACAGCAGCCGCAGUAUCAGCAGCAGCAGCAGCAACAACAACUAUUGGCUAAAGCGGGCAGCGGCAUUCGAAGGAGAAAGAAUGCCAUAUACUCAGUUCAUAGCACAAGAAACCUUAAGGGGAAUGUACAGCAAACACCGGAGCAUCAGCGGGUACAACAGCAACAGUAUACUCAUUGCAUUUAUCAAAAUAAGCAACAAUUGCAAAUUGUAGCUCUUUCUGCCUUGUUGCUGUUGCUGUUGUUGUGGCUGCUCGCCUUGUUAUGCUUUGUUUAAUAUAUCUAUAUAUAAAAUGAGAAACAAAAAGAUCGCAACCAAUUUGUUGAGAAUGGAAUGGGAAAUGAUUAUAAGAUACAUAAAUGAUACAUACUUACGUAUAUUUUUUUGAUAAUAAUUACUUGAUAAUAAUGCAACUGAUUUAGGCAGUUUACAAAGCAUAUACUUUCGAGUGUAUAUAGAAGCUGCUAUAUUGACUAUAGUAGUUGAGCUCUUCUCGAAUACUUCUCUAUUGAAAAAUAUGUAAAUUUUUAUAAAAAUCAAUAUGAAAGACGGCCUCUAUUAACUAAUUGUAAGCAAGUGUUAAAGCAUUUGCCUAAUGUAUAUGUAAUGUAAAAAUAAACAAGAACUGUAGUAUUUGGCCGCAAUAGAAAGCAUGCAACAAGCAAUUUUUGAUACUGUACAAAAUGCCAAGCACAAUAUUAUGAACAUGAACAUAAUUGUGACAAAAUCCAGAGAAUGCGCAAAUUGUUAAGCAUAUUACUUGCUCAAAUGUAGUUAACACGAAUGACGGGAACACAUUGUGGGAAGAGAGAAAGAGCGAAAGCGAGGCAGGGAGUGGAAGAGUUAACCCAAGUACCUUAUAAAUGUAUAUGAUUUAAUUUGCUUCUAGAGUCAAUAAUGCAUGCAAUCAAGAAA